AUGCCUCCCAAAAGAGCAAAUGGCUCGAAGAGCGCUACCAAGAAAGUCAAAAUAGCAUCGUCGAAGACUACACUUAGUAAGGCUUCGAGAAAAUCUCCAAGAAAGCACACGAAACUCAAAAUUGGACUUACACCAAAACUCAUUGUGAAGAAACUAGCUCAGAAGAAGGAACUUCAAACGCGGAACCAUACGCCUCCUCGCACACGGAGGCAGGAGGCUGUCGCAAGACUGAAGACAGUAGCAACCGUUCUGGAUGCAGAUGGAAUCGCAGACAUCAAAUUCGACGAUCAUGCGGAAUCGAUUGCUAUAUUAGAACCACCGCUUCACACACUUCCCAACCAUGCUGCCAAAACCGAGGGUGACACGAGGCAAUUUGGGCAAGUUAUGGAACCUCAACAAUUCAAGCCUGGGCAGAUCAUUUCCGUUGCAUCUCACGAAGAGGUGUAUCAAGACCCAAAGAACAAAGUCAAACUCCAAGCUACACGCGAACAAACACUGACGCAUUUGGGGUGGGUGUACUCCAAAGCUCGGAAAAUCGUUGUCAUAUCCCGCUUCGCUCAGCACGUCGUCGGCCUUCCCAUAUUCUCCCAUGGUGGAAAGGGUCUCGAGAAGAAGGAAAAGUCGGAGUUUGUGGGAAUUAGAGAUGUACAACAUUUCAAAAGCACUCCUACCGAUUCAGUACACCCCAGUUUAUUGAGCCAUCGAAUUGAACCGUUUACUCAGGUCAACAAGAGUCAUUGGUCGGUCAUCAAUGGCGACUCUUACGUCCAGUUUACACGUCCCAUGUCCUUCGCGUAUAACACUCGAUGUACGGUGGAAGGACAUCUACAGGAUCAAGAUCUAAACAACUUGAUCUUCCUUGCCAACAGCAAGAAACCAUCAUUUCCAGCAAACAUGGCUACGAGAGCAGCACCAAAGGAACGGUUGAAAGCCAGCGGCGGUUGA